ACUUGAACUCGAAAGUUUCUUUAGUAAAAAGUGGGGUAUAUCGUUAAUUUCCAUGGCCGAAGAUGCAUCAAAGAUUGAAGAAGCAUGUGCACUUGACAGCGUAGAAGGUUGUGAAUGCGAUAAUGAAGACACAAGCACAGUCACUUAUUAUUGUGACUGGUUCCAUGGACAUGGACUACUGUGCUCUACGUUGAAGGAACUGAAGAAGGAGUUGAAGGGACUCAAAAGGGGUAUAGUUCUGAGAGGGCAAAAAUGGAAGACACAUUUUGUGCCAUGGUUGAGGACAUGCUGCUGCAGCUUCGGCGAAAUGAUGAGCAAGAAGAAGAAGAAGAGGAGGAGGAGAAUGCAGUUCCAGUACGAUCCAAAGAGUUAUGCUCUUAAUUUUGAUGACGGAAUGAUAGAGAAUGAGGAUGAUGGUGCUUAUCUUGAUUUUUCGGCUCGAUAUGCAUGUCCAUUGGGAAUAAACAAGGAGUUUCUGGGCUUGGAAGCUAGCUUAAAUCAUGAUGAAAAACAUUCUGGGUUCAUUAUUCACAUGUUCUAGUUAUUUUUCUUUUUAUUUCUUUUUCCUUCUCGUGUUAUUUUGUUCAGCUAAAGUGUAUAUAUAUACGUGCAUAUAGAGAGGAAGAUGCAUUUUCACUUAAAUCGUUUUAUAUAUGGACCAAAUUUUAGUGUAA